AUGGGGAUCACCAAAAGAAGUUCCCUCCUAAUCUUCUUCCUGGUCUUUGUCUCAACCUUGGUUCAUGCCAAGGCAUACAAUAGCCUAUACUGUGGCAGCAAAGGAACCAGAUGCUAUGGAAAGUACAUCCAAUGUCCCCAGGAAUGCCCUAACAGUGAUACAACUGAUCCUAAGGCUAAGGUUUGUCACAUUGAUUGCAACAAACCUAUUUGCAGGGCACAAUGCAGAAGUCGUAAGCCAAACUGCAAUGCACCAGGAUCAGGAUGCUUUGAUCCCCGUUUCAUAGGUGGGGAUGGUAUAGUCUUCUACUUCCACGGAAAGAGUAAUGAACAUUUCUCCUUAGUUUCCGAUUCCAACCUUCAAAUCAAUGCUCGUUUUAUUGGACACAGACCUGCUGGUAGGUCCCGUGACUACACAUGGAUUCAAGCCCUUGGAAUCCUCUUCAACUCCAAAACCUUCUCACUCGAGGCCACCAAGACACCCCAAUGGGAUGGUGAUCUUGACUACCUCAAACUCAACUACAAUGGGAACCAUGUAGCCCUAGCUGAAGGCGCUCUCUCCACUUGGUACAAUGAGGAGAAAGAUGUUAAAGUGGAGAGAGUGGCAAACAAGAACAGUGUCAUGGUUACACUUAAGGAUGCGGCCGAAAUCUUGGUCAAUGUUGUGCCAGUGACCAAAGAGGAUGACAGAAUCCACAACUACCAAGUACCUUCUGAUAACUGUUUUGCUCACUUGGAAGUUCAAUUCAGGUUCUUCGCCUUGUCCCCAAAAGUUAAUGGUGUGCUUGGGAGGACUUAUAGGUUGGAUUUUGAGAACCCUGCAAAGCCUGGUGUGGCUAUGCCUGUUGUUGGUGGAGAAGAGAGGUACAAGACUAGCUCAUUGCUGUCUCAUAAGUGUGGUUCUUGUGUGUUCUCACAGGGAAGUUCAUUUGAGAAAGAGACCACUCCCCAAAUGAUGGAAUAUGGCACCCUGGAUUGCACCAAGUUCUCACAUGGGUUGGGAAUCGUUUGCAGGAGAUAG